AUAAAUACAGCGGCUCAAACGUCUUGUCAAUUCUUUGUCAGCUAUAUAUAUUGUUAUCCCCUUAUAUCCAGUAAAUUGCCCAUUCAUCGAAAUUAUGGGGAAGACUCUUAAUCUGGGAGAUGCAGUCAAUGGCAGCACAGAGUCAAAGACUGAGUUCAGUCUACUGCGAGUUGACAAUACGUGGAGGUGUAAAAUGGGAACAUGCUCAAACCACAGCAGAGGCAACGUCUCUGCUGCCAAAAUCUUUGAGAGCGUGACAGAGAGGGGCAGUAGCUGGACGGUGGUCAGUCCCAUCGUCUUCACCUACCAAGUGGUGGAGUCCCAGUGUCUGCUGGACCCCAGCAACGACACCCUCCUGCUUGGUCACAUCAGAGACCCACGGCAGCUGGAGGAGCUGAGGAACAACCCCAAGCCACUGCGAAGGUUCGUGGUUAUGGACCAGGUAGUGUACAACCUCUACGCCGCCAAGUUGCGCGACUACUUAGAGGCCCGCCACGUGGUCUACAGUAUCCUACCGCUUCCCACCACAGAGGAGAACAAGUCCAUGGAGCUGGUCAUGAAGAUCCUUGACGAGGUCCAUAAGUUCUCGCUGGACCGACGCGGAGAGCCCAUCAUCGCCAUCGGUGGCGGCGUGUGUCUGGACAUCGUGGGGCUGGCCGCCUCGCUAUACCGGAGGCGCACGCCAUACAUCCGAGUGCCGACCACUCUGCUGUCGUACGUGGACGCCAGCGUGGGCGCCAAGACGGGGGUGAACUUUGCGAGCUGUAAGAACAAGCUGGGCUCCUAUGUUCCGCCGGUGGCCACCUUCCUGGACCGAUCCUUCUUCCAAACCAUCAGUCGCCGUCAGAUCUCCAACGGGCUGGCGGAAAUGUUGAAGAUGGCCCUGAUGAAGCACAGAGAGCUUUUUGAGCUGCUGGAGACACAUGGUCCGUUCCUGCUGGAUACCAAGUUUCAGUCAGAGGGCAGUGGUAAAUAUGGAGGCAAACACGGGAAGGCUGCAGUGACGUCCAGCCGCAUGGCCAUCAAGAGCAUGCUGGAGGAGCUGGCACCUAACCUCUGGGAGGACGAGCUGAACCGCCUGGUGGACUUUGGCCACCUCAUCAGUCCUGAGCUGGAGAUGGAAGUUCUCCCAACGCUGUUGCACGGCGAGGCGGUGAACAUCGACAUGUCCUACAUGGUGUACGUGUCCAGGGAGCGCGGGCUCUUGACAGAGGACGACAAGCUAAGGAUUAUCGGCUGCAUGGAGGGCCUGGAGCUCCCCGUGUGGCAUCCAGACUUUACCAUGGAGAUGGUGAACAGGUCAUUCCAGAACCGGCUCAAGCACUCGGGAGGCCUGGCCAGAAUGCCUCUGCCCAUCAGCCUGGGUCGCGCGGAUAUAUUUAACGACACGACGGAUGAAGUCCUCUGCAAAGCUUUCAAGAAAUGGUGUGAUGAGCUGGGUACAUCGUCAAAGACUCUGAUCUGAUUACCUCGUCAGUGUUUCCUCUAGAAUUGUUUACAGGCCUGGUGCUAUGCACCGUAAAAUAAACGAACGAUGUACACGUUU